CCACUUCACACUAAUGCAUUUGAGAGUCUGAAUUCAGAGAACAAUUUUGAGCAUGUUGCGGCACGGAUGCGGUACUGGGUGCGGCAGACAUGUCCCUGGUGCAGCUAAACGAAUUAUCAAUCGGCUGAACUGUGCUACAUAUGCACAUGCUUGCACUAUCGUAGUUUCGAAGCGCAAGAAAAACUUACUCCAGGAGCCAGCCCAAAAUAUCCUCAUUGAACGUCGCUCGUCAGGACCUGACGUGAACUCAGUUCCUACUCCCGAAGAGCAAGAAAACACGAUGCUCCAGGCUGCCUGGCUUGACCUCCAACUCAGCUAUGAUCUGACCUCGAUGGAUAUAGACAUCGACUUGGAGUGUCUUGGCAUACUGGAACAGCAGAUGUUCGAGCUCUCGUUGGCUGCAGGAGCUGCAGGAAAUGAACAAUGGGAAAAAGACGCUGGUGCACACCAAGACCGAUGGAAUCCCUAUGAGGGCCUCCCUGAGCACUGGAAUCAUGGCGACCGAGAUUCAUACGCACCAGAAUUUGAAGGAGAAGUAGACUGUGGACCGAACUUUAGCGAGGGAAGUGAGCCUGACAUAGUUAAGAAAGAGAAACGCACCAAAAAAACCAAACCGCGGCCACGACCAAGGAAGAUACACAAGGCUUCAUAGGCUGGGGCCUCGUAGUAGUAGUUUGUACUCUGAAAGCCCCGGUAUCCGUU